CGCCCGAGCAGCCCACGGGCUGGGUCCCCGCGGCCCGAGCCGCCCCGGCCGAGAUGACUUCCAAGGAGGACGGCAAGGCGGCGCCGGGGGAGGAGCGGCGGCGCAGCCCUCUGGACCACCUGCCGCCGCCCGCCAACUCCAACAAGCCGCUGACGCCGUUCAGCAUCGAGGACAUCCUCAACAAGCCGUCUGUGCGGCGAAGUUACUCGCUGUGCGGGGCGGCGCACCUGCUGGCCGCCGCGGACAAGCACGCGCCGGGCGGCUUGCCCCUGGCGGGCCGCGCGCUGCUCUCGCAGACCUCGCCGCUGUGCGCACUAGAAGAGCUAGCCAGCAAGACCUUUAAGGGACUGGAGGUCAGCGUCCUGCAGGCAGCCGAAGGUCGCGAUGGGAUGACCAUCUUUGGGCAGCGACAGACCCCCAAGAAGCGACGGAAGUCGCGCACGGCCUUCACCAACCACCAGAUCUACGAGUUGGAAAAGCGCUUCCUCUACCAGAAGUACCUGUCCCCCGCCGACCGAGACCAAAUCGCACAGCAGUUGGGCCUCACCAACGCGCAGGUCAUCACCUGGUUCCAGAAUCGGCGUGCCAAGCUCAAGCGGGACCUGGAGGAGAUGAAGGCCGACGUGGAGUCCGCCAAGAAACUGGGCCCCAGCGGACAGAUGGACAUCGUGGCGCUGGCGGAACUCGAGCAGAACUCGGAGGCCGCGGGCGGCGGCGGCGGAGGCUGUGGCAGGGCCAAGUCAAGGCCCGGCUCUCCCGCGCUCCCCACAGGCGUCCCGCAGGCCCCGGGCGCCGGCCCCAUGCAGCUCUCUCCCGCCUCCCCACUCACGGACCAGCCGGCCAGCAGCCAGGACUGCUCGGAAGACGAGGAAGACGAAGAGAUCGACGUGGACGACUGAGCAGCGCCCAGGAUCUUGCGCCGCCCCGGGCCCCUAGCGCCCGCGCGCCUGCCGCCUCCCGGUCCGGCCCGCCGAGGGGAGCUGGGACCCCCUCUGCAACUCCCGCCUCCUCCCUCGUCCCCGGCCCGGACUGGCUCCCGGCAGUCGUCUCUUCCCUCUCGAAGCAAUAAACCUCGGGCUGGCCGGCCGGGCCGGCCGCCUGCGCGCGGCCUCAGGCGCCCCGGGAGCCCUCGCCGUGCAAUUCUGUAUGGCUUCUGUAUAGAUAUUUAAGCCUAGAGGCCGGGUUGCUCCCA